UCGACAUAACUCUGUUUUCUAAAAAUAUAAGCAACGGUUAGUCUGAAUUCGAUAUUUUUUCUGAAGGUUUUGGAAAAUGGUUGUUUACCAAAAAAUUAUCCUGAAUUUACUAGAGCUCGACUUUGGAACAUAUUGGUGGUACAUUUCAGAUAAUGAGCUUUCAGCAGCCGAUUGGUACACAGGAAUGAUUUUUAAAGACACAAUGACUGAGGUUCCUUACAAUGUUUUCCCCAUUAAUGCUCUGGUGCCCAAAGCAGAGACGGGCGUUUUAAGUUUUCUCCAAAAGUAUCCGGACUAUGACGGUCGCGAUGUGACCAUUGCUAUCUUUGAUUCAGGCGUUGAUCCUCGCGCCGCCGGUUUAGAGACUCUAUGCGACGGUAAAAGCGUUAAAGUCAUUGAACGUUUUGAUUGUACCGGUUGCGGUGACGUUGAUGUCAGCAGGAAAGUUACGGCUAACGAUAGUGGGUUUAUAACCGGGCUAUCAGGACGUCACCUGAAGUUAUCGUCGCAAAUGAUAUUGAACAACAACACUGCCAAUGGGGAAUACCACAUAGGACUGAAAACAUUUUUCGAUUUAUCCCCUACAAAAGUGCGUGAAAAUCAAUUGAAUGCCGAAAAAACCAGAAAAUGGGAUAAGCCAAAUAAAACAGCCAUAGCCGAGAUGUCGCGAAAAAUCAAUGAAUUUGAUAUGCUAAAUAAUGAAUCCGCAAAGUCCUUGCCUUGGGAUAAAAAGUUGGAGAAAGAAGACUUAGAGGGUACUCUAGAACUGCUAAACAAUUACGAGAAAAUUUAUAAUGAUAUCAAAACCACGUUUGAUUGUAUUUUGUAUUCGACCAGUAACGGCUGGAGGGCGGUGAUUGAUAUAACUGAAAAGGGUGAUUUAGAACACGCUUUGCAUAUUGGUGAAUACUCCAAAACUCAUGAAAUCGAGAAUGUCAAUGAUUUUCUUUCUAUAUCGAUGAAUGUACAUGAUGAGGGCAAUGUUUUGGAAAUCGUUGGAAUGUGUACUUCUCAUGGUACUCACGUCGCCUCCAUUGCCAGCGGCAAUCAAGCUUCCAAAGAUUUGAAUGGUAUAGCUCCAAAUGCAAAAAUUGUUUCUUUAACUAUAGGAGAUGGCCGUUUAGGUUCGAUGGAAACUGGUACAGGUUUAGUGCGAGCGAUAAUGAAGGUUAUGGAAUUAUGUCGAGAUGGUCGGAAGAUCGAUGUUAUUAAUAUGAGUUAUGGUGAACAUUCUCAUUGGUCGAAUGUGGGUCGGAUUGGUGAACUUAUGAGCGAAGUGGUUAAUAAAUAUGGAGUUGUUUGGGUGGCUUCGGCUGGUAACCAUGGACCAGCCUUAUCAACUAUCGGGACACCACCGGAUAUACCUAUACCCAGUUGUAUUGGUGUAGGUGCCUACGUUUCACCUCAAAUGAUGGAAGCUGAAUAUACCAUGCGUGAGAAGUUGCCCGCGAACGUGUAUACUUGGACUUCACGUGAUCCUUGCAUCGAUGGAGGCCAAGGUGUAACGGUAUGUGCUCCCGGGGGGGCCAUAACAUCUGUACCUCAAUUUACUAUGACCAAAUCCCAACUUAUGAACGGUACCAGUAUGGCAGCUCCUCAUGUUGCCGGAGCUGUAGCUUUGAUAAUUUCUGGCUUGAAACAACGUCAAAUUUCUUACUCCCCGUUCAGUAUAAAACGUGCCAUUUGUGCAACAGCAACAAAACUCAAUUAUGUAGAUGUAUUCGCUCAGGGAAGUGGUCUGCUGAAUGUCGAAAAGACCUUUGAACAUUUAGCACAGUUUGGUAAGCAUUUGGAUAAUAUGGUUCGAUUUUCUGUACGUUGCGGCAUCAGCAAUACUAAAGGCAUUUACAUACGCCAAAGGUUCUUGAAAAAACCUUUCGAAUAUUCUGUGAAUAUAGAGCCCGUGUUUUUUAAUCACACCGAAACUGCGCCGAAAGAUAAAUUAAACUUUAAUGUUCGGUUAAACUUGGUGCCAUCUCAACCGUACGUACAAUGCGGCGCUUUUUUGGAUCUCAACUAUUGUACGCGUUCUUUGGUAGUUAAAGUGGAUCCUUCGGGUUUGUCUCCCGGUGUGCACACCGCUGUCAUACAAGCUUUUGAUACGGAUUGCGUAGAAAAGGGUUCAUUAUUUGAAAUACCCGUAACGAUUGUGCAGCCGCAUGUCAUUGAUAACGAGGAAACACGUCUUUAUGAACCCAUAUCCCAUACAACGGAUGGUAGCUUUGAAUUUCAACCGAGCACUAUAAAACGAGACUUUAUUUUGGUGCCACCACGAGCCACAUGGGCAGUCUUACGUAUGCGUUCAACCGAUAAAAUUUGUGGCAAGGAUGUUGGCAAAUUCUUUGUGCACACUGUACAAUUAUUACCGAAGUCUUCGUGCCGUGUUCUGGAAACUAUGAAGUUAUUGACUGUCAAUUCAGAAAAUGAAACCACAUUGGCAUUCAAGUGUCAGGAAAACAAUGUGGUUGAAUUGUGUAUAGCAAAAUAUUGGUCAAACUUUGGAAGUAUACACCUCAAGUACAGUUUGCAGUUUCACGGCAUCCAGGCAACCAAUCCGAAUGCAUAUGUUAUGCAUGCUGGUCGUGGAGUACACAGAAUUGAAAUUAGCUCUUUGACUAAUAUGGAAAUUCAACCUCAAAUCCAAUUAAAAACUGCAGCGGUUGUCUUGAAAGCGAAUGAAUCGAAAAUAACGCCCUUAAGUGCAACACGGGACGUUAUACCAGAAGGCCGACAAAUUUAUCAGAAUUUGUUCUCUUUUACUCUUAACGUCGCAAAACCCAUGGAAAUAGCUGUAUACGCUCCUCUCUUUAAUCCCGUUCUCUAUGAAUCUGAAUUUGAAUCACAAUUGUGGAUGAUAUUCGAUUCAAAUAAGGCUAUGAUUGCAUGCGGUGAUGCCAAUUCACAUUCCUUUUAUACGAAACUCGAGAAAGGUGAAUACACAAUACGUUUGCAGAUACGCCAUGAAAAACGUGAGGCUUUGGAAAAAAUUAACGAAAGUAAUAUGGUUGCUUUGUAUAAAUUGGCAACUCCACUUAAUUUGGAUUUCUACACCGAAUAUAAUCAAUGCGUUAUUAGCGGUCAGAAAUUUACGGCGUCUUUGAUGAAUCGCAAUGUUCCAAAGGUUUUGUACUUGGGCCCUUUGACUCAAGAAAAGCUAACUAAGGCCAAUUUGCCCAACAAUUGCUCUUGGCUAGCUGGUACUAUAACUUUGCCUAAGGAUGAUUUUGGCAAACGUACCGAUGUACACCAAUUUUACUAUAUUCUUAACCCAUCGGAAGGCAGCAAGAAGAACGGUGUUAAUGGUUCAAGUAGCGCCGUUGCCAAUGUUGGUUUUACUGGCAAAACAAAAGUUUCUAAUAUUAAUACCUCCUCAGCUGGAGCUAUUGCUGCGGCUAAUGCGCUAGCUUCGGCGGGGGAUAGCGCGUCGACUGCGUCUGCUCCCACAGAUUCAAACAAAAAACUUAGUGUAGACGAAUAUUCCGAGAGUCUUAGAGAUUUCCAAUGCUCUAUGUUAACUAAAUUGGAUUACGACAAGGCCGAAAAAAUCUACGAUGAAAUAAUCGCAGCACAUCCAAAACAUUUGUCUGCUCAUUUACUGCUCAUACAAAAUAUUGAAUCAACUGAAAUGAAAGUUCAAUAUCCUUUCACGUUUGCCAAGUCAUUAGGAGAGAAAAACAAAGACAACAACACUUUUAAUUGCACAACUGAUGGUACUACCACAUCAACUGGCACAGAUACCGCCUCUGGCACUUCGUCCUCUCCUGCUGCCGAUGAUAAUAAACAAAAGGAUGAUAACCAAAAAUUGCGCAAUGUCGCAACAACAGUUGUGCGUUUGGCUGAUCAUGUCAUUAAAGGUACCGAUAAGGAUGCACUGUUAGCUUUUUAUGGUCUUAAAAGCGAUACACGUCCUGACGCUGCUAAGAUUAAAUCCAACAUGGAUAAACAAAGGAAUAAUCUACUGGAAGCGUUAACUAAAACGGGUAUUGCUAUUGCUAAGCUGGCUACACUCGAGAACAAUGUGAAGGAACAUUUAGAAGAACUUGACAAUAUUUAUAUGGAGAUCAUUAAAUUCGUAGAUGCCAACGAUUCAAAGGUUAUUCAGUUCUCAUUGUGGCAUGCUUACGUUCAUGGUCAAUGUGGACGUAUGUAUAAAUACUUGCAAAAACUUUUCGAUGACAAACGCAGCCGUGAACACUACGAUGAGUUGAAUUUAAUUGCUGAAGCGUUGAAAUACGACCACUUGCAAACCUUAGUUCAACGUAUGACGGUAUCGGCUUUUCCACAAGGCUAUCGUUUGUUUUAAAAGUAAAGGAGUAGGAAGUACUAAGCAGUGUUGCAGCAAAACUUUAAUUUAUACUCCAAUUUCAUAUUUAUAUAAAGAAAGUUCAUAAACGUAACACAAACUUUCCUCGUAACUGAACUUGCAGCCUUGUACACGGUUGACUGUCUUCUAACCGACUGAGUGAUUGUGUCUCACUGCUUGUGUGUGUUGUAUAGCUUUGUCCGUCUAUCUGGUUAUCUACGACCUGCGUUACAUUUGAGCAAAUAAAAGACAUGACGUAACUAAUAAAAAAAAUCGUCUCAUUUUAAAAACGAAAUAAAAAUUAGAUAAAAUUUGAACUUUUCGAAUUUUUUCUUUCCUUGUGCUAUGCACAAUUUGCGCGUAAAUGCGGACACGAUUUGGCAAGUUUUAAAGUGAAUUGUUGUAUGAAUUUUCUACCUUAUUUUUGUAAUAUUUUCUUUAUUUCUUGUUAAGGUUUUUAAUAACUUUCCAUGCCAUUGUUCUUACCCUUCUCUCCACUGUCAUAUGUUAAACUCAGUAGUAAUAAAGCAAAAUAUAUGUACAAUGCCUAUAUGUAAGGCGAAGUUAUGAGAAUAUGUAUGUGAAAGUAACCAGCAAGUAAUUGUGGAAAAUUUUUUUUAACGAUCCACAAACAGCGAAAAUAACUCUUUUUGAACAAUACAUAAAAGUUCUCCUUUGCGCACAUAUAGCCGUAGAAAUAUAGUUCUUAUAUGCGCUUACAUAUAUGAUUUCGUAUAAUAAA